CCAAGUCCUUGCCCGUACCGAAGGAGUUCAGGAGUCGAAGAGCUUCGCAGCAUGAGGGGUAAUGUCUCGCAAAGGCCAUUCGUUUCUCCACGAGUAUCCGCGGAUCCGUGUGGACCGCUUCACAGAGUCAAGAGAGCGCAUACCAGCCUAUCUCAAGAGACCGCAAGCUCGCAGACGAGAAUACGACAGCAACGGUGAAGCGCAGUAUGCUGACGCCCCAUGGCAGGAUCUUGAGCUGGCUGGGACAGAUGACUGCUUCCCGCACCCGACGAUACAGCUGCUGACCCACAUACACGUUGACCAUCUCGAAGGUCUCAACUCACCUCUGUACAACGCAGCGCCCAUCUACUGCUCAUAUCAGACAAAGGAGAUGCUUCUACGUCUGGAGCCUGGCCCUUCUCGCACCGCAGGCGAAGCCGGAGUAGCAAUGGGCUCCCAUGGCCGCAAGAGACCGUACGAGUGGUUGAAGCUCACACAGCAAGAGGCUUCGAUACGGAGGCGCGAGACUGGAAGCAGUGUUGCUCCGAGGGACAUUCUUCACCCGCUUCCCCUCAAUACACCGACAAGUGUCCAGUACUUGCCGGGAGUCAAGGUCAAACUGACUCUACUCGAUGCCAAUCAUAUGCCAGGCGCGGUCAUGUUCCUGGUCGAAGGCCACAGAGGAGCAGUGCUUCAUACAGGCGACUGUAGAGCUGAGAAGUGGUGGCUCGAGGGUCUGGUGCGUAACCCAGCAAUGCAGCGCUAUACCUCGUGGGAGGAGGCCAAGGCUAUUGCUUCAAAGGAAGAGAUGGAGAACUCCCCCAUGUUACGCUCGCAAGCUGAGCAGAUCGAGGCCACACAGGUGGUGCUGACGCAGGCUGUCCCGCAAGCCAGCAUAGACACUCAUGACAGCAGAACACAAGCUUCGGAAUCGCCAGAAGCCCUCCGCACAAGAGAGCGCGAGAGGCCUACUUCGCGUGACCUGCGACUGAAGAACAUCUACAUCGACGACGAGGGCAUCGCAUCUCCAGAAUGGCCAAUGGCGAAAAAAGACGCUGUACUCGAUCUGAUUAGUCUGAUGGAGCGGUAUCCCUCUGACACCAACUUCUUCAUCGACCUCUUUACCUGGGGCUACGAGGAAAUCUACCUUGCAAUCGGCAAGACCUUCUCAGAUCGCGGCUCCGGACCGCGUGUACACGUCGAUCCCUACAAGAAGAAGAUGUACGCUGCUGCAGACGAUCCUGUACUCUCUUUCCUGACGACCAAGACGACCACGCGAUUCCAUGCUUGUGAACGAAAGGGAGACUGCGAGUUUCUCUCCCCCGACGAGCGUUUGGCUGGUGAGCGGGACGCCUUCGAGAGCCUGUCACAACAUUGGACUGGUCCAGCCCCUAUGCCACCUGCAGCAGAGGAGCUGGCAGUGACGCCUAGCCCAAGGCAGCCUCAGGGUCCUCUGACCGUCUACAUCAAGCCAAUAUCGUCUUCCAAGAAGGCCUGGAAGGUCCUGAGCGACAAACUUCAUGACGAGAUUGGGAGAGCAAACGAAGGCAAGAGCCCGUACCCGCUAUGGCUUGCCUGCCCAAUCGAUCGUCACUCAACCCUUCCAGAGUUGCAGAGACUUGUGAGAGCCUUUCGUCCUGCUACAGUCACUCCAACGACGUCACAUCCCGACCACUAUUUCCUCGCUGCAAAGUACCUCGGUCCCGCUCUGGGCCCGCGUGGUCAAGACCGCAUCAAUGCCGAGGCGAAGACUGCGAUCGGCGCCAAGCACUGGGCAAAGUACGAGGCUGCCCUCGCAGGGAGCGGUGCUGCUACGGAAGGGGAUACUGUAGCCGAGGAAAUUCGGCGGUUUAGAGAAGCACUCAGGCAGACGCUGGAUCUGAGUCAGUCACCGCGGCACACCUACGAAGAAGCAGAAAAGGAGGGCUAUGAUGCUGAUGUGAGCGUGAUGCCCUCAGCAUACUCUGCCCCUGCGAUUACUUCCCUCUCUCGUCCUCAGCGCCAGCCUGAUAUAGCCCCUCUCGUCUCACAAGCAGUCCUGCGCGUGCGUCAGACCGAAGGCGCUAGCAAGGGCGAGGAGAGCGAUAGUAGCUUUGCUGUAGAGCCGCCCCCUGCGGCCCUCGGCUCAACAACGGAGCUGAGCGAAGACCUCGCAAGGAGAUACUUUAUCGUGCUGCGGAUGUUCAUCGAGCCAGGGCUGCGACUGAAGAAUUUACCAGGAGGAACAGAGGGACCUCAAGCCUGGCGAGCGGUGAGGAAAUUGAGACCAGACUAUGCAAGGAGGACAGAAGAGGUGAUGCACAAGGAGGUGGGAGUGGUCCCUCCGUCUUGGACUCGAAGUCGGAGGUCUUCAGCCGCACCAAGUCCAAGACCUGCCUUUGCCGAGCCAGAGGGCGUGGUACCAGCUUUAGAUACUGGACCGCGGUCCGAUCUGCAUGGCAACGUCGAUCUGUCUCAGCAAGAACAGCAAGAGCUCGUCGCAGAUGGCGUGGAAAGUGUACGUGAUGUUGAGGUACUUCCUCAGGAAGAUGGCGCCCAGCCUUCUACUGCCAAUGCACCAUUUGCAGCCCCGAUACCUAUGGAUUUGGACGAGCCUCUCGGCACCCCUCCAGAGGCGGUCCAAGAUUGGCUCUCUCCUCUGAUGGUCAAGCUCGGCUCAGCACCUCUAGAUCUCAAGGCACUUUCUACAUCCGAGCUGUGCUCCACUCUCGAUCUGCACGCCAUGGUAUACAACUCAAUUCUGCAAGACUCCCUGGCAAAAUCGAACAGCCUCUCCCUCCUCUCUCAUUACUCGACUGGACUGGCAUACACGCUGACAAGAGCUUUUGGCAUUUGGUCCAUCGUGCUGCGUCCCUCAAGGAACGCUGUGAAGCGGACGUGGAAGGAGCUGGUGGCUUUUGCGAGGUGCACUGAGCUGGGUGGACGGGUUGCGGCGCUUCUCUUCACGAGGGAGGCGAGGGACGUCAUUGAUGAUGGAGUAAGAGCCAGGCUCCUCACGACCGUCUCCUCUACCUAUGAACUCACUCGAGGCAUAGAGCGCGAGAGCGUGCAGCGCGGGCUCACAAGCUUCGUCAUCGCCCCGAGGGCAGGCAAAGACGCUGAAGUCCUCGAAGCAGAGGGACUGAGGUGGAUCACAAGAGUCGCGGCGACGCUGCGUUUUGCAAUGGACGAGAAUGACACUACUGCUCUGCCUGUAGAUCUCGAUGCAGCCUCAGAGAAGGGAGAGAAUGGGCACUCAGAAGCAGUCGUGCCAGCGCGGCCUUACAUUCCCCCGAGGCCGCUCAAGAGUAUACCCGACCCGGCAAGGAAACGACUGGAGCUUUGACGUGCGGACGAUGGCAGGCAGACGAACAAAUGUUUCCAUGCUCAUUGUAAAUUCUUUUUUCAGACUU